AUGGCAGAGGCUAUUGGGCUAGCAUCGAGCGUGAUCGCCAUCACCGAUGUGGCGUUCAAAGCAGGCAGCGCCUACCUGAAAAUCAUAAGGCUCCUGGAUGAAAUGAAACAAGUCCCGACCGAGCUACGACUGAAGGCCGACAGAGUCAGAUUCAUUGAAGAAUUCCUAUUUUAUGCGGAGGAGAACCUCUCGAAAACCCCGUUGCCAAGCAGUGCUUGGAGCCCUACUCUCCUUCAAGAUCAACUCAGCAAAUGUCACACGAUACUGAGCGACGUAAGGGAAAUGGUUGAUCGCACGAUGGCCCAGGUCGCUCAACCAACAUCUAUUCGGCGGAAGAUUGCGUUAACAAGAGCAAUCAUCCAUAAGGAUGACCUUAAAGCCUUGGACUUGAAACUUGACGAAGCGCUGCAGCUGUAUCAGUUGGCACAAGAGCAAUACGUCUUGGCCAUGAUGACAUACUCGUUGGUUUCGAAAGCUCAAGAUCCAGCUAAAAAGGUUGAGCUGCUCGACACCGUCAAUACAAAUCAACCCCAGAAACUGAAUUCUGCGAGCCUCUCCCGAAAACCCCAAAGCGUAUCCUACGAACCAAGUAUUUUUGGACGGUUCCAUCUCUCUUUCCAGGCCAAUCGAAGCAUCCACGCUGUUAUCCAAGCGCCAAGUUGGAUCACGAGUACGGUGUAUUCUGUCCUGGCUCAAAGAGCAACCGUUGGGUGGCAAAUGAAUCUCAGGGCCGAUGAGAUGGUCAAACGUUUUGACUGGGAGCUUCUCGAACUCAUUGAAGAUGACAAACCGCAGGCGGUUUUCAAAUACCUAGACGAGCACAAGAUGUCUCCUUUUGACGCCGUCCGAUGUGGCGCUGUCAGUGCCACAAGGGCGUUGCUGGCCCGAGGCCUAAACGCUCUCGAAAUGCCUCCUAGAGAAAGGGAGCAGUAA